UAAUAACCAGCCGAGGGCCGAGAUUCCGAACCACCUAACUCGUAGGGAAACACAGAGACAUUCCAAAGAAGCCAACACUCGCACACUGAAGCAUCUCCGCAUAAGUCGGCCAUGUCCUCAAUCUCCACAACGCCAUCAGCACCCUCUUCAAGCUUCUCCUUCUUCUCCUUCCACCACCCAUCACUCCCUCCUUUCCCAACAUCAACAUCUUUUCCCAUCCCAAAUCCUAGCUCCACCGCCACACUACGCCUCACUCUCUGCCGCGCCGCCAAGUCCCAGACCGGACCGCUCAAGAAACCACCGGCCAAUAAGAAGAAGAAAAAGAGUAAGGGCGGUGGCAGAGGUUCCGAGGCUUCGAAUUUCAGAGAAGUUGAAGUCGUCCACGAUUUGGGUGGCGAUAAUGGUGAUGCUGGUGAAGAUGUCGAGGAAUAUUUGGGCUCUGAUGAGCGGUCUUUGCCGUUUCAACAGAUGCCUUUGCCGAAACCGCCAGCUGGGUUUGUGGUCGAUGAUCAUGGGAGACUUGUGAUGGCUUCGGCUCCAGCGAAGCGAAUUGCCACCAUUGUUGAUCCAAUGAAUAAUCUUCCAUUAGAGUGCGUUGUGAGGAGAGUGUUCAAAAGUUCUAAAGGGGAUGAAUGCAUGCUGCUCUGCCCAGUUGACACGCCUGUACAGAUAUUGAAGAGCACGAACAUUGAUGGGUGGUCAGCUGUCAAUGAUGAAGAAGUUGAGUCCAUUCUUCCAUCUGCUGCUUAUGCUCUUUCCAAGAUACACAUGCAUCUUGUACAUAGUGGAUUUUGUUAUACAGCACGAGGAGGGUUUUGCUACUCUGAAGAUGACAUAUUUGAUUUCCGUACAGAUGACGGACAAGAUGUGGAUGGCUUGCCAACUGAAGGUGUAGAAAUCACAUGCUUCCAUUUGGAUGGUGCGCAAUACAUGAUUUACACACCAUCUGAUCCGCUUCUUUUUGUUGCUGUAAAGAAUCACAAUGGAGUAUUGCAAAUUGUGGAUGAUGAUCUCCUGGAGGACCCUCCCAUUAUAAGUGCAAUAGACGAGGAGACUGAAUUUAAUGCGUUGGUGGAGGAAGAGGCGGCUCUUCUAGAAUCAUUGAAAUUAGGGGAAGAAUAACCCAGAUGUAUCAAGUCAUGUCAGAAGUUUUGUAGAAACAAUCUUGUGGAUGUUUUCCUUUUGUGUAAAUAUAUUACAAGUUUAGUCUGCA